AAUGUCAUCAGUCAUUUAGGAAUUAGGUACCGUAGACAAUCUCAAAACAAACGUGCCACAAAAAAUUAAAGUAUUCGACUUAGACUAGUAUUUAUUAAUAAAAAACAGACUUUUAUAAAUGAAAAAUGGCUGUACGGCCUCAGCGCAUACAUGACGGUGGAAUUGUGGAACGUAGAUUGCGGCCGAUUUACGAUUGGUUGGACAAUGGAAAUAAUAAAAAAGCGUUGCAAGAAGCGGAAAAAGUGCUCAAGAAGAGCCCUACGCUGCAGGCGGCUAGAGCUUUGAAGGCACUUGCUCUAUUAAGGUUAGGAAAGGCUUCCGAAUGCCAUGCAGUUCUUGACGCUCUGGUUGAAGAGAAACCUAGUGACGAUACUACAUUACAAGCGAUGACUAUAUCUUAUAGGGAGUCACACCAAUUACCCAAGGUAUGUGAGAUCUACGAAGCAGCAGUGAAGGUGGACCCAACAAAUGAGGAGCUGUUCUCCCAUCUGUUCAUGUCUUAUGUUCGAAUCGGAGACCACAGGUCACAGCAGAGGACUGCUAUGGCGCUGUAUAAGUUUGCUCCAAAGAAUCCAUACUAUUUUUGGGCUGUUAUGAGCAUUGUUUUGCAGGCAAAAACAGCUGAUGAUAGCACAAAAAGAAAUAUUCUUCUGGCCCUUGCUCAACGAAUGAUAGAAAACUUUAUAACUGAGAACAAAAUGGAGGCAGAACAGGAGGCCCGUUUGUAUAUUAUGAUUCUAGAACUGCAAGAAAAAUGGGGAGAUAUUCUGAAGUUCAUUGAGAGCCCUCUCUACUCCCAACUAGUGCCUGGCUCAACGUCUCAAGCUUGUAUUCCUUAUUUUAAGAAAAUAGGAGAAUGGAGAAGAUUAAAUUUACUCUGCAAAGACUUACUAUGGGACAACCAAGAUCGGUGGGACUUUUAUAUGCCAUAUUUCGAUUCCGUCUUCCAAUUAAUGAAAAAACAGAGUGCGGAGAGUGAAAACUCCGUCGACGACACUCCGGAGAAGUGUCACGAAUUUAUUUGUUCGAUAGUAGAAAGUAUGUCGUCUGGCCGAAUGCUACGGGGACCCUAUUUAGCUAGGUUAGAAUUGUGGAAACGUUUGGCGCAAGGUGGUGACCCUACGUCGUUACUGGGCAGCGGGGUAGCGUUAUGCCUUCAAUAUUUAAGAGUAUUUGCUAAUAAAACGUGUGCUGUGCCUGAUCUAAAACCGUAUCUGUCCAUGUUACCGCAGAAAGAGAGGGAGGAUCAUAGUCGAGACUUUUUGACUUGUUUAGGAUAUGAUGAAAAUAGUGAGCCUGAUAAUAUUAAUGACAUUCAACGUCAUGUAUCCUGCCUCUCCGCAUGGAGGCUGACAGCUCCUAGUGGUACACCAGAAGAAAACGUAAACAUUGCGAACCUAUUAAGACGUCAUUACCUGCGGUGCUUAGAAAAGGGGCUUGUUACGGCCACUCUGACUGAAUUCUGUGCUGCCGAUACGUAUGGGACGUUGGCUGCACAUCAUUAUUUCUAUGCUGCCGUUGAACAAGAGAAUCCAGCUCCCAUAAUAGAAGCGUUAAAUCUUUUGGAAUUAGUGCUUCACCACUCUCCGGCCAACUUCCAUGCUAAAUUGCUGCUUAUAUCCUUAUACCAUAUAUUAGGUAACGCGUUAGCAGCGGAUACCAUAUACAACAAGCUAGAAGUGAAGCACAUACAGCUGGUGUCGUUAGGCUGGUUACACGCGGCGCGGCUCGCCCCCGCGCUGGCGCCGGCGCGCGCGCUGCGCCUGCUCGCUGACACGUGCGCCUUCCACAAGCACCACGCUAAGGACAGCGUGGAGCAAGUGACGUACGCAUACAAGUUCGGAACAUUCGAGAAGGUCGCCGAAGUGUGGGAGUGGGGUGCGCGCAUUGAAGCGUGCGCGUGGUGCGCGGCGUGCGGGCGGGACCGCGCGCUGCUCGCGCUGUUGGCGGGCCCGCAGCCGCUGCAGCCGCUGCACCGCUUGCCGCACGCGCCGACUGACAACCGCGACCUGAACGCGAUAGUGAGCUGGUGCGGCGAGGAAGCGGAGCGGGAGCAGAGGAAGGCGCGCUCGUUCGAGCGGGACGUCGCGUAUCUGAGGCUCAAGGAUGGGCUGCUGUCUGCUAUAGCGCUAUGCAUAGAGUGCGCGGACAACCGCAGCAUGGAAGAGAAGAGCGCUCAGUUCGAAGAGCUGCGCGUUUGUAUCGCGGCGUUCGGUGAAGCGCUCGACACGUGCCGCGGCGUGUACGGCGCGUGUGACCCGCUCAGUGUGUGCGCGCCCUUACCCUCGAGGAUUAUAGCGUUCGUGACGUCACCGGUGCCAUACCGGGAGCUGUACACGAGCACACUGUGCGUGGUGUGCGAGGUGUGCGCCGGGUGUCACUCGCGCGCACACGUGGCGGCGGAACGCGCGGGCCGCGCGCUGGCCGCCUCGCGGGAACACCUCGCGGUGUACGCGCGCCCUAACCUCUGGCGGAACAGAGACGCGCUCGAGUUCUACUCCAACUAUCUAGAAUUCAUAGGCGUCAUCACGUUUCUAUUGGGCGUAUGCAACGAGUUCAUUGCGCCCGCCAACGCGAAGAAAAGCAAGAAGAAAACUAGCCAGUCGCCAGAACAAAUUAAAACUAUCGAAGUACUGAACCAGCUCAACGAUCAGGUCCAGGAAACGAUCGCCCAACUUGAAGAUAUCUUCGAGAAUUGGCCCAAAUUCAACUACGACACUUCGCUAGAAGACGAAUUUGCCAAACUAAACAUAACCAACAAAUACCAGAGCCCCGUCGAACAAAAAUUAAACACUGGCAUGGAUGACGUUCUCAUGGACGUGAAAAAUAUUUUAAAAAAGAAAUCGAAAUACCUAAAGAGUUUGCAAUAGUGGCCUUACAUGUUGUGCAUAAUGUUAUUUUCAUAAUACAUAUCUCGUCAAUACUCCGUUUGGGCUAGUGUCAUAAAGGUUAUUUUGCAUCUCGCUCUGUUCCUACCCGUGGUAGCGUGUGCGAGCGAGACGAGUACAUACGCUUUAACAAUAUGUUAUCAACGAGUCAUUAAUAUUGAUGUUUGCAUUUUUUUUUUAAUGGAAAUUUAUUUAUGUAAAUUUAUAUAUUAUAGAGUAUGAUAUUCAUAGGUGUACUUAUACAAUUUAAUAAAACUGGAACCUCAAAA